AUGGCGUUAACGUCGGACAAGGAGGACCUCGUCCAACCCGAAGUCGAGCAUAUCGACCAGUCAGGCCAGGAAAAGGGGCCUGUGAAUGCACUGCUGGUCUUUGCUUGCAUCGUCUUCGGUGCAGCUUCGUUCAUGUUCGGCUAUGACGAUAAACUCAUCUCGCCCAUUGCCGCAUUGGCCUCCUUCGUUGAGAAGUUUCAAGGGCCUAACCCGGCCACUGGUCGAUAUGUCCUCACAGCCCGCAACCAAAACCUCAUCUUCUCCCUCCCUUUAGUGGGCUCUGUGGUUGGGGGGUUGCUAGCAUCGCCCUUGAACUUUCAUUUUGGCCGCAAGUGGCCCCUUGUCACCGCAUAUAUCGUCUCUCUCGGAGGCGGGCUGCUUCAGGUCUUCGCUCCGAAUCUGGGGGCCUUUGUCGGGGGACGAUUUAUCAAUGGAAUUGCCUUUGGGAUUGCUACUGCCACCGCCCCUUUGUAUCUCGCAGAGGUGGUUCCCGCAUCCAUGAGAGGCCGGAGUGUCAGCUCGGUUAAUAUUCUUAAUCUGGCCGCCGGCGUCGUGAGCACCGUUAUUGUCUGGGGCACGCAAAAGAUCGGGGGCCAUCUGUCUUACCAAAUCCCGCUCGCGAUCCAAUCUGCGGUGCCCGUUUUCUUGGUCGUCUUAACUAUUUUUCUCCCAGAAAGUCCGGAAUGGCUCGUGGCUAAGGGAAACAUGGAGCAGGCUCGACGCAACCUCCGCAAGCUCCGUGGCUUCAGCAACGAGCAGGUCGAUGAUGAGCUCCGGCUAAUGGAAUUAUGCGAACGAAAGCAUCGCGAAAUGCGCGCUGGUGCCCGCUUCUGGGAUAUUUUCAAUCGAGAGAAUCGCCGAAGGACAUUCGUCGCUGGUUCUUUCUACUCUCUCAACCAGAUUUCCGGCGUCAUCCUGUCGACAACAUACACGACCGUCUUCCUCACUGAAAUAGGCGUCGCUGACGCUUUCACUCUGACAAUCAUCGCGUCUUGCUGUACCCUAGCCGGUACGAUCGCCGCGCCGCUAUUUAUUGACCGCGCCGGGCGACGUCCGACCGCGUUUGUCGGAAUGAGUAUCCUCUUCGUGAUAGACGCCGUAUCGGGCGGCCUGGCGUUUGACCGACACAAUAAGCACGCCAAAAUGACCAUUGCCGCGCUAUCCUUCAUCCUCAAUUUUUUCUGGGCUUCCUCCUUUUAUUCACUCUCCAAUUUAAUGCCAGCAGAGAUGGCAACGCCCAAACUCCGCCACUUCACCAUGUCCUAUACAAUCGCAACCCAAGGCAUCACCGCCGUCGUCACCACGCUUGUAGUACCGCAGUUAACAUCUGCCGAUGCGGCGAAUCUCGGCGCAAAAACCUAUCUCAUUUUCGCUGGAUGCAUGGCUGCCAUUAUUGUCUUCAUGUACUUCUUCAUGCCGGAAACCCGUGGCCGCACAUUCGCGGAGAUCGAUGAGAUGUAUGCGGCCAAAGUCCCGGCCUGGAAAUGGCGGUCGUAUCAGACUUCCUUGGAAUCUAGAACAGGCGAAACGUCGACCGAGCCUGUGGGGAAGCUAGCUCCAUUGUGA